GCGUCGCUGGAGGAGCACGCCCUGGGCGCCCAGGGGUGCUGGUACUUCGAGGCCACUGGGCGGGUGGUCUUCAGCCCCUCCGGAGCCUCGGGCGCCGCCUUCGCGGACUACCGGAGUAUCUGCCUGGGGAUCUACCAGAUCUACCCCGAGGCCUACACGGUUGCCGCCAGGGGCGCCACGUGCGCAGACAUCUCCCUAACCGCGCUGAGCGAUCGCAAGAUCUGCCUGUCGUACGCGCUUGCCGUCGGCCUCAACUUCAGCGACACCGACCAGGUGGGCCUCUACGGGUGCAUGUACUUCGAGCCU